AUGUAUUCACGACUCCCACCUGGUUAUAUAACGAAAUCGACAGCGAUCGUCGUUGGAAGUGGUCUGUUUGGUUAUGGUGUUAUUGAAGUACUGUGGGGUUCUGAAACGUUUUACAAAAAGGCGAUAAUGCCUUUAGUCCACAAAUUUGUUGAUGGUGAAACGUCGCACAAUCUGGCGUUAACGGCUGCUUCAUGGGGUUUGCUUCCACGUUUUGGAUCAAAUCAUCGAGAAUAUCCUGAGUUGGAGUGUGAGGUUCUUGGAUUAUCACUGAAAAAUCCUAUUGGAUUAGCAGCCGGAUUUGACAAGAAUGGUGAUGCCAUCCAUUCAUUGGCAAAGUCAUCAGGUUUUGGCUUUGUUGAAGUAGGUACAGUGACACCUUUACCUCAGGAAGGGAACCCCAAACCGCGGGUAUUCCGUUUGACUGAAGAUGAGGGAAUAAUAAAUCGUUACGGAUUUAAUGGAGACGGUGCUGUGAAGGUUUCAAAAAGAGUACAGACAGCAAGGGCACUGUGGAAAAGCCAAUUCGCUGCUCUUGGUGUAAAUCUUGGGAAAAAUAAAUGCACCGAAGAUGCUAAAGUCGAUUAUGAGAUCGGCAUUAAAUAUUUUGCACAUCACUGCGAUUACUUGGUGAUCAACGUUUCUUCUCCGAACACUCCUGGGCUACGUUUGAUGCAGAAGAAGUCGGAUUUGGAAAAACUACUAACUCAUGUUAAAUAUGUUCUUGACAAUAUGAAAUUAGAUUCUCCGCCUAAAGUUCUUCUCAAAAUCGCUCCUGAUCUUAUUGAAUCGGAGAUGAGGGAUAUUGCGAAGGUAGUUGUAGAUCCGAAGUGUGGUGUUGACGGUUUAAUAGUUUCCAAUACAACGAUUUCUCGUCCAAAUUGUCUUAAAAGCGAGUUGAAAAGUCAGUCUGGAGGAUUGAGUGGUGCACCACUGCGCCAUAUGAGUACUAAUUGUGUGCGUGAAAUGUACAAAUUUACUCGAGGACAAGUACCUAUUGUGGGAUGUGGAGGAGUAGGAAGUGGUGAGGAUGCGUACGAGAAAAUUAGAGCUGGAGCAUCGAUAGUCCAGCUUUAUUCUGCGAUUGCCUUCCAAGGAUUCCCAGUUGUUGGAAAGGUCAAAAGAGAGCUGGUGGAACUGCUGAAAAGAGAUGGUUAUAAAAAUGUAACUGAAGCAGUUGGGGCUGACCACCGAAUGCAACCCUAA